CUUCCAAAAUUCUACUGUAUAAAACUGUUUUGUCCUUCCGACCAAGCGCAACACCCAAUAUCUCACUACCUUCGUUGUUUUCCACAUUUCACGCGCCAUUUAACCCCGUCAAACCCACUUCUCCCCCAAAGUCAAAAAGUCAACCCCCCGUACUUUCCACCACCACCUCACCUCACCUCACAUCUCCCCCUUCUUUUUCUCCCCAACAUUUCCCCAAUUUUACCGACGCAUAUAUAGCUAAUCCCAAAGAAAAAAAAAACAGCAAAUCAAAAUUCAAACCUCCAUUUUCUCCCUUUCUUUCUCUCUCCUCACCUUUCCGAUCACCGGAAAACAUGGAUUCUCCGGGGGCGGUAAGGUUUCCUCUCGGCCGUCAAUCCUCCUACGCCGCCCUCGAUAAACUCACCACCACCACCGCCACUUCCGACGACAACAACGACGAUCUCCGACUGCCGUUGAUUGAAUUGACGGAUGGAUCUUCCGACGGUGCGGCGGAGCCUGAGGGGCAAGACGACGGAGGUGAGAUUGAGAUUCCGGCGAGUGUGAAGCUGAUGUUUGCGGCUCAUGAGGGAGAUGUGGAUGGGAUUAAGGAAUUGGUUGAAGAUUCUGGUGCUGAUGUCAAUUUUAAGGAUAUGGAUAAUCGUACUCCUUUGCAUGUUGCUGCUUGUCAAGGUUAUGUGGAUGUUGUUGAUUUGUUGAUUAAUAUGAAUGCUGAGGUUGAUCCUAAAGAUCGUUGGGGUAGUACGCCACUUGCAGAUGCCAUAUAUUACAAGAACCAUGAGGUAGUGAAGGCUCUAGAGGACCAUGGUGCCAAACCUCCGAUGGCUCCUAUGCAUGUCAAAAAUGCCCGUGAUGUCCCAGAAUAUGAGAUUGAUCCUCAAGAAAUUGAUUUUAGCGAAAGCGUAAACAUCAACAAGGGAACUUUUCUUAGAGCAUCAUGGAGAGGGAUACAAGUUGCUGUCAAAAAGCUUGGGGAUGAAGUAUUUACUGAUGAAGAAAAGUUACGAGCAUUUAGGGAUGAACUUUCUUUGCUUCAGAGGAUCCGGCACCCAAACGUAGUUCAGUUCUUGGGUGCAGUGACUCAACACACGCCGAUGAUGAUCGUUACUGAGUUCUUACCCAAGGGAGACCUUUGUGAGUUCCUGAAAGACAAAGGUGCGCUAAAACCAAAAACAGCAGUGAGAUUUGCCCUUGACAUUGCAAGGGGGAUGAGUUAUUUGCAUGAGAUAAAACCACAUCCAAUAAUCCAUUGUGACCUUGAACCUUCCAACAUAUUGCGUGAUGAUUCUGGACAUCUUAAAGUUGCUGACUUUGGAGUGAGCAAACUGCUUAAAGUCUCCAAGGGAGUUGAAAGAAACCGACCCAUAUCUUGUGAAGAUUAUUCAUGCCGGUAUAUGGCGCCUGAGCUUUUCCGAAAUGAAGAUUAUGACACCAAAGUUGAUGUAUUUUCGUUUGCUUUAAUUCUUCAAGAGAUGAUUGAAGGCUAUCCACCAUUUGCUUCAAAGGAAGACAAAAAUGCUCAAGAGGCAUAUGCUGCAAAUGAGCGUCCACCUUUUAAAGCUUCUGGAAAAUCAUAUCCACAUAAAUUGAAAGAGUUAAUUGAAGUGUGCUGGAAUGAAGAUCCUACGAAAAGGCCAACUUUCAGAGAAAUAAUUGCGAGGCUUGAUCAUAUAUAUAGUAACCUUGGUCGCAGGAAGCGUUGGAUAAAGGUCAGACCACUCAAAUGCUUUCAAAGAAAUGAAUCCAGCCUUGGCAGUUCAUCUUAUGCUAUGUGAUUGCCCUGUAUUAGAUUCGACAAAUUCAGUAACAAUCAGGCUUCUAGAACAUUAUUGCCCAUCAAUUGAAAAGGGAAUUUAAAUAGUUGUAAGUGCAGAAACCAGUUAACAGGUUUUAUCUGAGGCCCAUGCUUGAGAAACAGCCAGCUGGAUCAAAACCAAUCCUAUUAUUGCUAAUUGUCGGAACUUCCACUGUAACAGUAAUUCCUGUCUGCCCUAAUAUCAUGUAAAUUACGAUUGAUAGUUUGAUCCUAUUAAAUAUAUUUGACAUUAUUGCUAAAGGGGAGUACAGGAGAAUUUUUACACAACCAUGUGCAUCUAGUUGUGUAGAACGGAUGUUAAGUCUUGCUACGAAAAGUUACUCGAUUUUUUGAGGUUGACCAGACCCUCUUCCUGUUUACAGUGUAAAAUUAAUUUCUCUUCAUUGGAGUUGAUAGAAGACCAAAUGUGCUGUUGUUUUA